AUGGAUAUCUUUCGAAGCUAUUACUCGGACUCACUUACUGAAUCUUCAUCACUUGCCGAGAACAGCAGCUCCCCAUGUAAUAGAGCUAUUCUUUCUGAUGAGGAAGUUUUGUUAGCUUCGAAUAACCCCAAGAAGCGAGCAGGGAGAAAGAAGUUUCAAGAAACUCGACACCCAGUAUACAGGGGAGUGAGGAAGAGGAAUUCAGACAAAUGGGUUUCUGAAGUCAGAGAACCAAAUAAGAAAUCAAGAAUAUGGCUUGGAACUUACCCCACUGCAGAAAUGGCGGCUAGAGCUCAUGACGUGGCGGCUAUUGCAUUAAGGGGUCGUUCUGCUUGCUUGAACUUCGCAGACUCUGUUUCGAAGUUGCCUAUCCCAGCUUCUACCGACGCUAAGGAUAUUCAGAGAGCGGCGGCGGAGGCAGCCGAGGCUUUCCGACCAUCUGAGUCAGAAGCAGUUUCAGGAGAAUCAUGUGGUGGCACUACUCAUGAAACGCCAGAAAGUAAUAAGUUAUUUAUGGAUGAGGAAGCUCUGUUUUGCAUGCCGGGAUUGCUAGCGAGUAUGGCGGAAGGACUAAUGCUGCCUCCACCUCACUACAUAGAAGUUGGAGAUUAUGUGGAAGCCGCUGCUGACAUGCAUCUAUGGAGCUAUACUAUUUAA